AGUAUCAUAUCACUUAUCCAACCUCAACUAACCUUCUUUUUUAUUCUCAAUGGCAUUUUUCAAGCACUAUUCUCUUAAGAGUAGUAGCAUAUGCUUCAUAGCUUUCUUAUCACUUCUCCAUAUCCAACAUUCAAAUGCAGUUAAAGGUGGCUAUUGGUCACCAGAUAACGGUGUUCCGGCCUCGGACAUCGACUCUACACUCUUCACACACCUCUUUUGCGCCUUUGCUAGCCUCAACACUCAAACCAACCAACUCUCAAUCCCUUCAGGAUGCACCACUUUCCCUCAAACCGUCAAAGGAAAAAACCCUUCAGUAAAAUCUCUCCUAUCCAUUGGUGGAGGAGACGUUUCAUCUGCUGAUUUCAACAGAAUGGCUAGCCAACCUAGCUCUCGAAAAACCUUCAUCGACUCCUCGAUCAACAUCGCGUUGGCGAAUGGUUAUCAAGGCCUUGAUCUUGACUGGGAGCAACAAGCUACAGUCCAAGAAAUGAACAACUUAGCAGCCCUACUAAACGAAUGGAGGGCUGCUAUCAAUGCUAGAGCUGCUCCGCGUUUACUCUUAACCGCAGCCCUUUACUAUCGAGCGCAAGCAAAUCCAGCUGCUACUUUCCCUACACAAGCCAUCCGUAACAGCCUAGAUUGGGUGAAUGUCAUGGCUUAUGACUUCUACGCACCCGCAUGGGCGCCACAACCAUUCGUAACUCGGCCUCAUGCUUCGCUCCGUGAUCCAAAUAGCCAAGUGAGCGGAAGUAGUGGGAUUAGUUCUUGGAUUAAUGCGGGUGUUCCUGCUAACAAACUAGUGUUGGGAGUUCCCUUUUAUGGGUAUGCUUGGAAAUUGACAAAUGCUAAUAAUAAUGGUAUUUUAGCACCAUCUUCUGGAGGAGAUACUAGUGUUGCUAAUGGAACACCAAGAUAUAAGGAUAUUAAGGCGUUUAUCAGUCAAAAGCGUGCAACGGUUAAGUAUGAUUCUGCUUAUGUUACUAAUUAUUGUUAUUCUGGGACUACUUGGAUUGGUUAUGAUGAUACACAAAGUAUAGCUACUAAGGUUGCAUAUGCUAAGAGUACUGGUUUGCUUGGGUAUUUUGCUUGGAAUAUUGCGCAAGAUAACAAUUGGGCUCUUUCUAGACAAGCGUCGCAGACAUGGGGAGCUAGCAUAGCUAACCAGGAACUAUCAAGGAAGGCACAAAGUUAAUCACACAGAAAAUAAAUGUAGUGUGAGAUCACUAUGAGUGUUAUGAAUAAUUUGUUUUUCUAGAUCGGUAUGAUGAAUAUAAUAACACCUGGGUUAUCAUUUGGUGGAAUUCGAAUCCCUGACCUUGAGGUCAUGAGGUGGAUACCUCACUAAAUGAGCCAAGCCAAUCUUAAUACGAAUAUUAUGAAUAUGGUACCUUAUCAAAGGGGAGUGUGUAAUAACGUAGAUGUAAUAUUUUACGUGCCUCUUUAUAUUAAUAUAUGUGUUGCGUACUUGCGUUUAUGAGUA